AUGCUCGUUCGCAUUCGCUGUCGAAGAGGCAACUUUCGCUUCCAGAUCGAACCAACCGACGACAUCUCUGUCCUCUCGGCUCAGAUCCUGAACGUCUGUCCAGAUGCUCAGCCAGAAACGAUCGCGCUGAGUACCAAGCCAAGAGGAGAUGAGAACUUGCUGUCCACUCUCCAAGGCUCACUCGCUUCACUCGGCAUAGGCCAUGGCGACUUGCUCUUUGUGAGCUACACGGUUCAGGCGGAGAGAGAUGAUCGAUCUGCCCUAAUUAGCAAUGGCUCCUCGACCACUUUUCACGGAGAGCCCACAAGCACGGCGACUACCAUCUCUUCCGUAGUCAAGCCAGAUCACACGGCGAGACCCUGGGAGGCUGUCCAAGAGGAUCCUGUGGAUAGGUUCUGGCAGGCUCGCGAUGGCAAGAUCAGCCGGCCAAGAGAUCAGCGCAUGUGCAAACAUGGUGACAAGAGCAUGUGCGACUACUGCAUGCCUCUGGAACCUUACGAUGCAAAAUUUCACGAGCAGAAGCAGAUCAAGCAUCUCUCCUUCCAAGCCUAUCUCCGCUCACUCGACACCAGUGCAGCCAACAAACAACGGCUCCUGCACUCCUCUUGGAUACCGCCCCUUGAUGAGCCAGACUACAAGGUCGCCGUGCCCUGCCCAUCCGGCUCACAUGCCUCGUGGCCAAACGGCAUCUGCACAAAGUGUCAGCCUUCAGCUAUUACGCUCCAGCUCCAGAACUUCCGCAUGGUAGACCACGUCGAAUUUGCCUCGCCUCAAAUCGUAGAAAACGUUCUGGCCUUCUGGCGCAAGACGACACUCCAGCGGUUUGGCUAUCUCAUUGGUCACUAUGAGCCGUACGACAGCGUACCCAUGGGCGUCAAAGCCGUCGUCGAAGCAGUACACGAGCCAGCUCAGGAAGGAGAUUCCGAUGGCGUGCGAUUGGGCAUGCCUUGGCAAGAUGAGGCUCGUAUACAGCGUAUCGCCUCGCAGAUUCCAACAGGCUCGCCCGAUAGCCGGCUCACAAUCGUUGGCAUGAUCUUCACCGACUUGACACCGCCCGACGACGAAGACGCCAAGCGUCAGGCCAAAGUCGUUAGCAAGCGUCACGCGAAAUCUUACUUCAUGUCCUGUCUUGAGACCAUCUUUGCUGCUCAGCAGCAACAGCUCCGUCCAAAUCCGUCGAAAUACUCUCGCACGGGCAGAUACUCGAGCAGAUUCGUCACUUGCAUCCUGACCGGCAACACGCAGGGCGAGAUUGAAGUGACGGCCUAUCAAGCAAGCAAUCAGGCGGUGGCCAUGGUGGAUGCAGACAUCAUCGAGCCCAGUGUAGAACCCGCUGUCGUACGUAUCAAGGAAGAAGACGCGCCGUCGUCUGUGAUCCCUGGCGCGGAGCAGACCAAAGCAACGCAACCUAAUACGAGGCGUUACGUACCAGACGUCUUCUAUCGAUACAAGAACCGAUAUGGCAUCGACGUCAAAGAGAGCGCCAAGCCCUGCUUUCCGACAGAUUACUUACUGGUCUCUCUAACCAACGGCUUUCCCUCUGGAGAUGCACGACCGCUAUUUCAGAUGCCCUUCGGCGGUAGCUUUCCCAUUGAGAGCCGACAAGGCCUCGAAGACCAGACCAGUGAUUUGCUCUUUGCCCGCCUUGAACCGAUACUGGCUGCAUUGCCCGAGCGCAUCUCAUCUCAUGGCAAGGGAAAGGCACCAGAUGCAGCAUCAUUACAGCGACUAUGCGAUUUCCUGCGCGACUGGCACCUGCUAUGUUUCAUCGAUUCCAUGAGCAUCUUGGACGAGGCUACUUUUGAUCUUCUUUGCAAGCUCGCCGGCGUCAGCGAUGAGACAAGUCGUCUGCAGUAUAUACAAGCUCUGCUCGCCUCGGACAGUUGGCAGACACUGUCAGCAAUCGCUCGAGAGCACGCAGCUCCUACUUCCGCAAAUGCCGUGAUGGAUGACAGUUUUGCCGAAAUACCUGAUGUUGGUGUGCCACCGAACGCCUUGCAAGACACCGCUGGCGUUGACGACGUUCCUGGCGUCAAGAUAUGCCCACACUGCACCUAUGAAAACUCAGCAAGUGCGAUAGACUGCGAGAUAUGCUCCCUGCCGCUCGCAUAG